AUGUUACUGGUGGAUUUAUUGUCACAAUCAAAUACAUUACAAACAUUAACCACAAAUGAUAAUAAUAAUGAAUUAUUUGAAUCGAUAGGUAAUGAUAAUUUAUAUUCAAUCUCUACGAUUGAAAUUCCACUAAAAUCAUCUCAGCCAAUUUUAACAGUAUCAUCCAAUAAUAUUUUCGUUAAUGAACAAACAAAAAGAAAAAAUCAAUUCGUUCUUAUUGAUGAUAAUCUUAAGAAAACUUUCAUUAAAUCACCAAUAAAGGAAUCUAUUAUUGAUAGUUUAUGGUAUGAUAAGAAACAAAAAUUACUUUUAUUAACAGAAACAAAAAUUUUUACUUACGAUUCUAAUACAAAGAUUAUACAAGCAAUUAUUGAUAUAAAACCAAUGGAUGGCAGGGUUUUCAAAUGUUUUAGUAUGUUUAAUAAUGAAUGUUCAUUAUUAAUUGCGUACGAUGAAUGGGGAUUAAAAUUUAUUGAAAAAUGGGACGUUAAUGAAGAUGAAAGUUGGGAAUUAACGGAAAAAUUUCCAUUGAAUUUAAGUUCAAAUGAAUUUGUUGGAAAUAUGCUAACAAUUUAUGAUAAUGAUGACUUCAAUUUAGCUAUAACAAUUUAUAAUGAUUUUACUGAAGAAUGGCGAAUGGAAUUACGACAUUUAGAAACAGGAAUAUGUUUUAGAACUAUUCUUCUUUCAAGAUUCGAUCGAGAAAAUGAUUAUAGAAUGAUUUAUAUGGAAAAUAUGAUAUGA